AUGGCUACAAGGGAGGUAUCAAACGCCUUUGAUUUUUCAGGUGAGAUAGCCAUUGUCACAGGUUCUGGCUCCCGAAUGGCUGGCGAAAUCGGCAAUGGCCGCGCGACUGCAAUCUUGCUGGCUCGACAAGGGGCCAAGGUGGCACUGGUGGACUACAAUGUGGAAUGGGCUCAAGAGACCAAGCGCAUGAUCGAUCUGGAAGGUGGCACGUCUGAAGUCAUCCAGGCUGAUGUGACUGAUGAAAAAAGCUGCCAGAAUGCCGUGACACGGACAGUCGAGCUUUUUGGCACUGUACACAUCUUGGUGAAUAUCGUGGGAGUUGGAGGAGCAAUGGGGGAUGCUACGAAACUGGACUUGGAGGCGUGGGACCGUGACUUCCGGAUCAAUGUGACGAGUAUGAUGCUCAUGAGCCGUCAUGUCGUUCCUGAAAUGAGAAGAAACGGACGUGGUGCCAUUGUGAAUAUGUCUUCAGUGAGCGGUCUAUUGGGAGGAAACCCAAGCCUCCUGUACCCGACCACGAAGGGUGCCAUCAUUCAGAUGACUCGGGCAAUGGCGGCUCAACAUGGCCCGGAAAAUAUCCGAGUGAAUUGCGUCUGUCCUGGCAUGGUUUAUACACCGAUGGUGCGCGGUCGGGGAUUGACGGACGAGAUGCGACAAGCCCGGAUCAAUCAAAAUCUCUUGAAGCAGGAAGGUACUGGCUGGGAUGUUGGUUAUGCUAUUCUGUUCCUGUGUAGCAAGGAAGCAAAGUGGAUCACCGGGCUGAUUAUGCCGGUAGACGGAGGUACCACCGCCGGGAAAGCCGACCGGCCCGCUUUGAAGGCCGAUACCUUGGCGGAACAAAACACAGGGAUUCCUAACACCCAGGAGCAGAAAUUACCAUAG